AUCUUAAUGAAAGAUUAGAAAAGGGAUUAGGAAGUUUGAAAGUUGUCUAUUAAGCUGUCGUGUUCUCUCACUCGAUUCUUCUGCGAGAUGAUGGGACUUGCAGUGAGAGCUAGGGUUUCCAUUGCUACUCUGCAGAAGGCUUGGUCUCCCUGCUUGCUCUGCUUCAAUUUAGAGCGGGAAAAGUAGACUUGACUUCCUCAGACUGGCCUUUCAAAGUUGAAGAAACAUGAAUUCUCCAUCCACCCAGUUUGUCACCUCAAGAAGGAUGGGGGCCUAUGAGCCUAUCCACCAGAUUAGCAUGUGGGAGGAAAGCUUUAAGAGUAAUGGUAAUUUUAAUGCCUCAGCAUCAAUGAUAGUUGAUGCAGACACAAAACUAGAUAAUCAGUCAGAGGAUGCUUCUCAUGGAAUCCUGGGACCUUCUAGCAAGUAUGACCAAGAAGCAACUAAACCUACAGACAAGGUGCAAAGACGUCUUGCACAAAAUCGGGAGGCUGCUCGUAAAAGCCGGAUGCGAAAGAAGGCCUAUGUUCAGCAGUUAGAAACAAGUCGUUUGAAGCUUAUUCAAUUAGAGCAAGAGCUUGACCGAGCAAGACAACAGGGUAUUUAUAUUGGCAGUGGACUGGAUGCUAGUCCUCUAGGAUUCUCGGGCACUAUAAACUCAGGUGUAACAACAUUUGAGAUGGAGUAUGGACACUGGGUGGAAGAACAAAAUAGGCAAAUUAAUGAACUGAGGACUGCUUUGCAUGCUCAUAUAAGUGAUAUAGAGCUUCGAUUCCUUGUGGAUAGUGGCAUGAGUCACUAUUUUGAACUUUUCAGCAUGAAAUUAACUGCCGCAAAAGCUGACGUAUUCUAUGUGAUGUCUGGGAUGUGGAAAACAUCAGCUGAACGGUUUUUCUCGUGGAUUGGAGGGUUUCGCCCUUCAGAGAUUCUUAAGGUUCUUCAGCCUCACCUUGACCCCUUGACAGACCAACAAGUUUUGGAUGUUUACAAUCUUAGGCAAUCAUGUCAACAAGCAGAAGAUGCUCUUUCGCAAGGUAUGGAUAAACUCCAGCUCACUCUGGCUGACACUGUGGCAGCCGGUCAACUGGGUGAAGGUAGUUAUGUGCCACAGAUGGCUAAUGCCAUGCAGAAAUUGGAAGAGCUCGUUGGCUUUGUGCAACAGGCUGAUAAUCUUCGGCGAGGAACCUUACAGCAGAUGUCGUGCAUCCUAACAAUCCGCCAGGCAGCUCGCGGCCUUCUUGCCUUGGGGGAGUACUUCCAACGCCUUCGGGCUUUGAGCUCGCUCUGGGCUACUCGUCCUCGUGAGCCUGCCUAAUCUUAACACGAAGAGCAUACAAUGCCAAGCUCAAUAUUCAACAAGAUAAUCACCAGCAGAAAAGAAUCAUGCAUCAACAACCACAGGUCCCUUUGGUAAUGUUGUUCCAUGCAUAUAUGUAGACAUAAUUGAAGCUGCUGACAUUUUUCAAGCAGCAUCCCAUGUUUUGAGAAGCUGUAAAUAUGGGUAACCAUUUUGUCUGCAGGAGGUUUGUAAAUAAAUUAUUCUCAAUAUUUUUGUAUAUUAUUUUGUCUUAGAAAAUAUUUCUUUAGCACUUACAUUUUGAGUCUGCCAACGGAACUGUAUCAUGUAAAUGUUUGUUUGAGGGUUUCUCUGUAUUUCAAAUGGGUCAGGUACAUUUGUAGUGAGGGUAUCAUUGUGCUUUGUAGAUGGACAGUCUUGUUCUGGAAAAGUUAAAAUAAGACAUUUUGGUAUGUAUGGGAUAUGCUCAUUUUCCGGUC